AUGUCCGACAAAGACCUCCUCAACAUCGUAUCCCAAGAACUCGCCGGGACUCAGUAUGCCUCGUCCUCUCUAACCCCACUAAGCGGGGGAACCGCCAACUUUGUCUAUCGGGCUCAGCUCAAUCAACCGCUCCAAGAUGGAACAAUAUCCGUUAUAGUGAAGCAUACAGAGGCAUUCAUUGCCCUUAAUCGGGAAUUCAAACUCCCGGCUGAACGCUGUCUUUUCGAAGAAUCCAUCUUGAAGGCCCUCGAUGGGCUGCCUAGCAAACAGAGCAGCAGCAACAAUACUGACGCGCAAACUCAGGAAGUGACAGUUAAAACGCCUCGUCUCUUCUCCUUCAACCGCCAAACAAACACUGCUGUUAUAGAAGAUCUUCCAGAUUCUCUGGACCUCAAGUCCUUCUUAAUCUCCACGGCCGCUUCCAACAACGUCACCCAAGAAUGGGCAUCAUCCAUAGGCCGUGCACUAGGGAACUGGCUACGAUCAUUCCAUCACUGGGCUGAAAAUGAGGCCCAAUCAGGGAUUGCGGCCGAGAUGGACAAGAACCAGUAUAUGAGAGACUUGAAGUUCAUGGUCAACUAUGAUGCUCUGGUGAAUACAAUUGAUAAAUAUCCCACUAUACUGGGAGAUUCCCGGGAUGUGUUCAGCAACGUUCGGGAAAUGGCGGCCGCAGAGCUGAGUCGAAAGAACGGAAAUGGGUUUGGGAUAAUCCAUGGUGAUUUUUGUGUCCUCAUUCCCAAAACGGCCCUCGAACAACAGUCCCACCUUCCUCUAUUCAUCAUCGACUGGGAACUUUGCCAUUGCGGUGCUCGUGCCCUCGAUCUGGGCCAGAUGUUCGCUGAGCUCUACCUGCUGAAGCAUUUCAAGGACAUCGAUGCCGCGACGUGGAUUAUCCAAGGCUUCAUGAAGGGAUACCAGGAACUGGAUGAUGAGACGGCCUUUCGGGUAUUGAUUCACGUUGGCGUCCAUUUCAUUGCCUGGGCACCCCUAAUCCCUGGCUGGGGUACGUCGCAGCAGAUUGAAGAUGCUGUUCGUCUGGGUAGAGAUAUUGUCACCAAGGCAUGGGAAAAGGACAGGAGCUGGUUUGAAGGGGUAUGGAAGUCACUGUUUCGAGAUCGGUAGAUCGUUCAGAAUCUAAACUCUGUUCUCUAUGUAUCUAAUCAGCCGUGAUAUUGGGUGGCACGGUGAGAGACAAUUCACCUACCUGGCCCCACCCUUGAACCAUGAGCCAAGCUAUCAAGGAGACUUGACCGAGAAACCGUGCACAUUUCCGGUUUAUUCAGUGACAGAAUUCUUUUUUUCUAAGAAUAGGCGUACCCUACCUUAUUGGGUAGUUGGGUCAAACGGCGGGCCUUUCUGCACCCCAACCCCAGUGAUCGUGUUUUUGCUUCCUCCCAGCAUCUCAUCAUUAGACACUGACCACCUCACUGAAUACCUACAAGCCAUGGCUCCAUCUAAGAAG